AUGUCUGCGGCAUCUCCGACUCCCCAGUCGAGCACCGCUACUUCGGCCACUGCGGCAACCGCUGACAAGCAAAAGACUGCGCAAAAGCCUGGCAUGCGCGUCAAUGGCAAAAACUGGCAUGCUCCAAAGAAGCCGUUCCGCCCAACAGCGGGCCAGACGUCGUAUGCCAAAAGGAAGGAACAAGAUGCGAUCAAACAAGCAAUCAAGGCCAAAGAACAAGAGAUGAAAGCCGAGAAGGAGGAGCAGAGAAAUCAGCGAAUCCAAGCCAUCCGAGAGCGAAGAAAAGCCAAAGAAGAGAAAGAACGUUAUGAAAAGAUGGCCGAGAAGAUGCACAAGAAAUUGGUCGAGAGGAGGAAGCGGAGGGAGAAGAGGAACAAGUUGCUGAAGAGCUGA